GUAGUUCCUAUUUUAAAUUUUAAUGGUUACUUCGAUUUUUGUACGUACUACGUACGACUGGAUUUAGUAACCCAUAAUGAAUGCUUGUUAUCAAAUAAAAAUAUUAUAAUAAUGGUUGCAAUCUACAUCUCCCCAAAUCAGAAAAUGGCUGAUAUCAUCAAAUUUAUUCAUAAAGCAUUUUUAGUGUAUAGCCAUGAAGGUGCAGCUCUUUAUGGUGGUGACGAAGAUACAUGUGCAAUGGUCAUGAGUGGGGAUUUCAAUGUUAAUUUUGCAUCUUCUGAUUCAGCACCUCUCGUAACUUUAUUGCGAGACAAAUUCAGUUUGCAAUUGAAUAAUGAUCCAACAAUAUCGACUACUAAAUCAGGCACAACAAUCGAUGCAAUUUUUACGCGAUAUAUCGAUAAUGUUCAGUCGCAAAUAUACCAAAAUACAGAAUCACAAACGUCAAACUCACAAUGGAUCUAUCUGACGAAGAAGAUAACCCUUAUGAUUUCGUCGCACAAUAUCGAAAACUUGUAAACGAAAGGAAAAAUAAAGUAAAUGAGCCCCCUGCAGAUAAUAAACAAGUGCCAGUCAUCUCUAGCACUAAAAUAAAUACUGAAACUUCUGUUAAUUCAACACAAGAUCCUUCUAAAAAUGUACAGUUUCAACAGUCUAAAAAAUCAACCAAAUCAGAUGUUAAUACUACUACUGUUGAUACAAUACCAAGUAGUUCUGGCCAGUCUAAUGCUCGUAGUUCUCGCCGGUCAAAAAGAUCAAGAUUAACUAGUGUACCUGAAAAAGUAAUCGGACCAGUAAUAUGCAUUGGAGAUUUUUGUGAUGGUUAUGAUAUGCCACCGCCAAAAAUUGUUAAUAAUUUAAAGGAAGAAGAUGCAGAAGAUAUAUAUGAUAAUUGGAAAAAGAGACAGAUUGAAGAAGAAGAAUUAGAAGAUGCCUUAGCUCAAGCAGAUCGUGUUAUGAAUGUUAAAGUCUAUUGGCGACAAAUGCGCACGUAUACCUUUCCUCUUAGAAUGUUUCAGUCAAUUUCAAGCAUUUACGAACAUUUUGCAAAGCUAGAAGACAUAGAUUUUUCACAUGUUCGUUUGGAUCUACACAAAAAACUUCUAUCACCCAAAGAUACACCAGAUUCAAUAAACUAUAAGAUAGUAGAUUUCAUUGCUUCAGAAACUAAUGUCACAUAUUCUGCUAAGAGAAAACUUAAUUUUAAUGGACUUCCACAUAAAAAAAUCCAGGAAUGGGUGAAUCUCUCACAUAACAAUAAAAAAAAUAAUGAGGUUGAAGUACCUCAGGUAUAUAGUAAAUUACCAACUCAAGAAUCAAAAGAUAAUACUAUAAAUUUGAAUGGAAAAGUUUUUGAAAUUAUAACUGAAGAUGAAUAUAAUAUUCAUAAUAAUAAUUCACUUAAUGAGCCUGAAAAGCUAUAUGAAUAUAAACAACAUAAGGAGAUUCUUGAAUUUGUGCCCAAGGCUGUAAGUAGUGAUGACAGAUUUGAAGAGUAUUCUAAUAAUUCGGAUGAUAAAAGUAUUAUUCCUGGCACACCAGAACAUUCUUUACUGUUGACUAACAAUGAUAUUUCUGAAUAUACCUACUUUAUUAUUAUCUAAUGUUGAU